AUGGCCGUCCACCACAAUCACGAGCUGCCGCCCGGCCAAAUGAAAGCUUACAGUGAGGUCAUCCGAGUGGCUUGCGAAACCCAUGGGCUCUUCAAGAAUGACGACGACAUGGUACAAUAUAUCAAACCCCUUCUUGAGGCCCAAAAUAAAGCUCUCAGGCAGGAGUUCUACAUGACUCACACCUACAACAUUAACAUAGACAGGACCUCAAUGGAGACAAACACACCUCCCACAGUGCCACCACAUACCUCUCACGGCGGACAGCCCACUACAAUUGGCCCCAGCCAGUCCAACGAUCCCACCAUCAUCUUGGACCAAGCCACACGGCAAUUUAUCAACAUCAAGCCGCCUGGAAGCACAGAGUGGCAGGGAAUGUGCGCACUGAAUUGCCAGCAGACCAUCAACUUUAUUUCCGUUGAGGCCAUGCGGAGAAGGCGCCUCCCCGUGAAGAACGGCGGCCAAUACGAGUGCGCUUGGGAGGUCGACGGCGUAACUCGGAUCGGUAUUUUUAAAGCUGUGUCACAUCUUGGCGCCGACGUCGCGUUCGGAGUCGACUGGUUAGACGACUGUCCAACACCUGCAACAGCGGUUAGUAUCGAAACCACCCCUCACUCACCAAGCAACCCAUUGGCCGGGACGGAUAUUGCAACAGAUCAACGCAGCAAACCAAGCGGUCAGCUCUCGACCGAUGACCACGCCGCCCGACCGGAAAGCCAAGGUGGCUACGGCAACACCAGACAUCAAAAGCAAAAACACCAGGGUGCGCCUCGUCGGCAAAGAGGACACAUGCGUUGGCUCAUCUUAGGGCGCCGUUGGUUUUCUGCCCUUAGAAAACAAGAGCCACGCGAUAAGGUCCAACAUUGA